CUGGCGAAGAUGGCGCUGUCCAGGGUGUGCUGGGCUCGGGCUGCCCUGUGGGGCGCGGCCGUCGCCCCUGGAACUCUUGUCACCCGGAGGGUGCAGCUUGGUCGCUUUGGCCCUGCUUGGGGAGCCCUUCGGUCUUCAAAGCUUCACCUUUCUCCAAAGGCAGACGUGAAGAGCUUGAUUUCCUAUGUGGUGACCAAGACAAAAGCGAUUAGUGGGAAGUACCAUGAGUUCUUGAGUCGCCAUUUCCCCCGCUUCUAUGUCCUGUACACAACUUUCAUGAAAGGAAUAAAGCUGUUAUGGGCGGAUGGCAAAAAGGCUAGAAGAAUAAGGACAAAUAUGUGGAAGCACAACAUAAAGUUUCAUCAGCUUUCUUACCGGGAGAUGGAGCAUUUGAGACAGUUCCGUCGAGACGUCACCAAGUGCCUUUUCGUAGGUAUCAUUUCCAUUCCACCCUUUGCCAACUACUUGGUCUUCUUGCUGAUGUAUCUGUUUCCCAGGCAACUACUUGUCAAGCAUUUCUGGACCCCCAAACAACAGACUGAUUUCUUAGACAUCUAUCAUGCUCUCCGGAAGAAGUCCCACCCGGAAAUCAUUGGUUCCUUAGAAAAGGUCAUCCCUCUUAUAUCUGAUGCAGGGCUUCGGAGGCACCUGACAGACCUGUGUGCCAAGCUGCAGAAUGGUACCCGCCCAGCAGUACCUGAUAUCCUGGCUGUCAGACAGUGCUUCUCUGGUCACCCUCUUGGCAUUAAUCACCUUCAGGCUAUGCAAAUGAAAGCUUUGAGCCGGGCCAUGCUUCUCACACCUUACCUGCCUCCUCCCUUACUGAGAUGGCGUUUGAAGACACACACCACUGUGAUCUCCCAGCUGGAUAGGGCUCUGGCAAAGUUGGGGAUUGGCCAGCUAAAUGCUCAAGAAGUGAAGUCGGCUUGUUAUCUGCGUGGCCUGAAUUCUACCCAUAUUGCUGAAGACAGGUGUCGAACUUGGCUGGAAGAAUGGCUGCAGAUUUCUUGCAGCCUCAAAGUUAUAGACCGUGUUAAGACCAAGGGAUGCCGGGCGUGGUGGCGCAUGCCUUUAAUCCCAGCACUUGGAAAGAGAGAAGCUGAGCUGUCCCUCUUGCUGCACAACGUGGUCCUGCUUUCUGCCAACUACCUUGAGGCAAGGCGCUGAGUGAACCUGGAGAGGAGGCACUGUCCUGCAGCUGCACAGUGCAGCCACGUGGGACCAAGCAACACUUGUCAGCUGUGCGCACCUCCAGGUGCGUGGGAGGGAGGAGGAGGUGCCACGAGCUUCACAGCACACUACCCACAAGAGAACUGUUCUUGCAGACAUUCCUCUCAGCUUGAACUAAAACCAGCCCUCUUUCUAGUGGGGCCCCAUCUCACCACAUACUAAGCUGGAACUGGCCCACCUCUGUACUGGACUUUUACUAUGAUGCGUUGUUUAGGCCCCAUAACAUCAGUCUCUGCCCAGAUGGGAUCAUUUGGGCUCAAAUGCAUCAGCUGCCAUAGUUAUUUUUUUCUGAGACAGGGUCUGUGUUGCCCAGUUUGGCCUCUACAUCCUGAGCUCAAGGGAUCCUCCUGGCUCAAGUUCCUGAGUGCUGGGAUUAUAGCUGUGUGCCACACUGGCACCACUGCCUUAUUCUUUACAGCUAUGAGUUUUAUUUCCCCCCAGGACUAAGUACUGACCCUUGGGCCUUGCGUGCUAGACAGGUGCUCUACCGCUGAGGUCUGUGUAUAGCCUCCACCCCUCUCCCUUUUCUCACUGAAGCAUUUCUGGCUGGCAAGAAUGGUACUGCUUAGACGAGAGCAUUUCUGUCUAUACAUGUGCUCCUUCCCAUUCUUUAAAAAUUUGCCCUAUUUGAGACAGGGCAACUAGACAGGUUACUAGAGCCCAGGCUGGCCUGGAACUCACUACAUAGCCCAGGCUGGCCUCAAACUCAUGGCACUCUUUUUGCCUGCUCCUGAGUGCACCACAAAUCCUUUCUGAUAUGGCCACAGAUUUUUUUUUUUUUUUUUGCCCUCUUUAGUGGUGUGAAACUAACCACUCCCUUUCUGUUUAAAAUUCUUUGAGCACUUUUAAAAUAUUACAGAACAUUCUAAAUGAAGAGGUAACACAGAAGUGCUGUGUGGUCGUCCCUGUGCUUCUCCAUCGUCUCGUUCCCAGGCGGCCGCACAGCCUGGAUGCAUUUUUCAGUCCUUUGAUGCCUCCACUGUGCUGUGUGUUGUGGCAGUCCACCUGUAACCAGUAGUGGCUACCUUCUUUGGGCCACGGGCCAAAACACAUCAGGUACUAUUUGCUGCUCAUCCCUGGAAGACCAGAUCUGCAUUGAGAUAGUAAGUUGGGUUUGGUUUUGCUGUGCACAUCUGUGACCUUUAGUUCUGUAAUAACUUAUUGUAAACGCAUGAAGCACUGUUUUCGAACCCAAGUAAAAGUUGCCUGAAACCA